AUGCGCAGCGUUAAUGUCACAGAUUCUUUGAGUCAGUGCGAUCUUCAGAAAAAGCCUCGAAGAUUAUUCAGUAUUGGACUGGAAUCUGAAGAAGGAAGCAAGAAGACGGGUAGCAGCAAAACAGCCGCGCAACAAACCAGUGAUGAUGACUCUCGGCCACGCCGUUCAUCCACACGCUUCAAUGAGCAUCCUGAAGCAUAUAUGGAGGAGGCAGCAACAGAGAAGCCUUCCAUGGGUGCAUAUGGCGAGGCGAAUUCAGACGCGUCGAUUGAAAUCACCUAUAACAGUCUGCCUCCUAAACUACACAUGCAGUACCAUCCUGUAGAGGGGACCUCUAAUUCGAUAAACUGUCAUAAUAUGGCCCCAUCUUUCUACAGACAAGGUACCGAUAAAGCGCAAAGCUAUGGUGUGAAUCCAGUGAAUCCUGUCUACGACACUUCUCUGAAUGCAAAUCAGCCGGUUGAGUAUAUUGACGGAGAAGUCACGCCGGAGUCUAGUAUGAGCAACACUGGUCCACCUAUGAACUGCACAUUACUUCAAGGAGCAGCAGAAAGCUCUGCUAUAUAUGCUAAUGCAGUAAACGGCGCUAAUACUUCAGCAACGAUGAGCUGUAACGAAAAUCUCAAUCCUGCAGCUGUUGUGGAUUAUACAGAAGAUACUCCUGUGAUGCCUGUGAGUAUGCCGGCCUUCACACCAGCAGAACUUAUGGGUUGUUCUGACAAGGCUGUAGAGAGAAACGAAGCUAAGUCUGUAGUCGGCUUCUGCGACAAGAAAGACACGGCAGGAGCAACAGUCGUGAACAAAGCGAUUCCGGCGAUGUCUACCGAUGAGGGAAAAGCAUCUCCAAAUAAAAGCUCCUGCAAGCAAAAAACUCCAUCAAAAGCCUUGAGCAAAGGUCCGCCACCUCCAAACUUUAUUCCGUAUAGAAUGAUUGCUGUUGAAAAUGCAAGACUACUGGAGUUAGCUACUAAUGCAUCAUCCAGUGGUAAACCAUCUCUUCCAAAGCCUUCGCCAAAACGUCGUCGUAAAUAUAAAUACGUGGUUGAGAGCGUCCUCGACAAUGUGCCGUAUACGUUCCGUCAGACUGAGUCUGAUGACGACGAAUAUACCGAGAAGAAUAGUCUAUCAGCAAACAGAUCGCAUAACUGA